AGAUGCUAGGGUAUAUAAACGCUAAUCACUUAGACCUUCUAUGUUCCUGCUUGCUUCAUCUCUGGUAAUCAAAUAACCAUGGCUACAAAAAAGGAGCACAUAAAGGCACCAUCCAAGACCUCUUCUCCAGUGCCACAGACCGGUUCUACACCAGGACCAGCUACAGAUAAAGCUCCUUCUCCGGCACCUAAUACAGCUCCAUUAAAUGCUGCUGCAGCACCAAAGCUGGUACAAAAAUCUGAUCUUGUUGCCAUGAAUGACUUCAGCUCUGAGCAAAUUGAAGACAUCCGAGAUACCUUCUCACUGUUCACUAAGUCAGCCAAGGGUGAAAUCACACUUGGUCAGUGUGGAGAUGUGAUGAGGGCUUUGGGUCUGAACCCUACCAAUGCAGACAUCUUUAAAGUGCUGGGGACAUCAAAGCCUGAGGAGCUUGACUCCAAGUUAGUCGACUUUGAGACAUUCCUGCCCAUGUUCCAGCAAAUUUUAAAGACUUCGAAAAAAGGCAAAUAUGAGGACUUUGUGGAGGCACUACGCGUCCUUGACAAGGAAGGCAAUGGCACAAUCAUGUGUGCUGAACUCCGCCAAAUACUUCUCACACUCGGUGAAAGGUUAACUGUGAGUGAAGUGGAUCGCAUUCUUACAGGACAAGAAGACUUGAAUGGCUUCAUCAGCUAUGAAGCUUUUGUGAAACACAUCAUGGCAGAAUGAAUGACCGACUCAGGUUGUAUGGACCAUCACAUAAUCUUAUACACAAUUUUGUCAGCUAACUCUAUUGCUGUCUACACUCCUGAAAUUCUGAACUGAAGUAGCUGCCUGAGGAAGACAUCAAGUGUAAAGUGUAUCAUUCAUCACGGACGUGUGCUGAUUCAAAGGUCCUGCAAAUUAAUCAGCCCUGCAUCAGGUGCCUUAAAAUUUAAUGGUUAUAACAGAGUUGUAGAAAAUGCUGUCAGUUUAAAUGAGAUUAAAAAUAUGGUUUAAACUAUUA